GAAACGUUGAAGCUCUUAUCAGAAUGUUCCCAAUGAAGGCGGCAAUUGAAGCUUUCCCCACACUUCAGAAUGCUAGAGUGACUUCUACCGUGGUCAAGGUACUAGCUAAUAAACAACGAAGUGCAAAGCAGCAGGCAGUGCAACUCUCGUAGCUUGUGUAUCUUUACUACUCACACUACUAUAUACUUUCCCGAGCUCUAUUAUGUCUUCUUCUCCUUCUCCUCCCUCCUCAAACACAGAGAUGAAUAAGACAGUCAAGAAACGCGUGCUCUGCGGCUAUGGAGUCGAUAUUGAUGCCGUAGCCGGAUGGUUAGGUUCAUAUGGUGGCGAAGACUCGACAUCAGACAUUAGUAGAGGACUGUUCGCUGGUACACUCGGUGUUCGUCGUCUUCUCAAACUCUUUGAGAAAAACAACAUGAAGGCGACCUGGUUUAUACCAGGUCAUUCCCUCGAGACCUUCCCUGAGGAAUGUGCAAUGGUUCGUGAUGCGGGGCAUGAGAUUGGCCUUCAUGGUUACUCCCACGAAAACCCUGUUGAUAUGACACUUGAACAGCAACGAGACGUUCUUGAUAAAACAUAUAGAUUGUUGACAGAUUUUUGUGGCAAACCACCAAGGGGAAGCGUGGCUCCUUGGUGGGAAACAAGUAAAGAAGGAGCCGAACUUCUAUUGAGCUAUGGAAUAGAGUAUGAUCAUAGUAUGAGCCAUGAUGAUUGUCAAAUGUAUUGGUUGAGACUCGGAGAUACUUGGACAAAGAUUGAUUAUAGUAAGAAGGCAGAAGAGUGGAUGAAACCACUUGUCAAAGGUGUACCGUCUGGUAUGGUUGAAAUUCCAGCUUCAUGGUACAUCGAUGACCUACCUCCUAUGAUGUUCAUCAAGAAAUCACCAAAUAGCCACGGAUGGGUGGACCCGAAAGUAGUGGAACAGAUGUGGCUAGAUCACUUUGACUAUUUUUACGAGAAUUAUGAUGAAUUCGUGUUUCCUAUGACUAUUCAUCCCGAUGUCUCAGGAAGACCGCAUGCAUUAAAGAUGCAACAAAGAAUCAUUGACCAUAUCAACAAGCACGAAGGAGUCGAAUGGGUCACAUUUGAACAGAUGUCGGAUGACUUCAAAAGCAAAAACAAACCCGAGCCAGGUGCAAUUAUGCCAGCAGCAGCUGGAGAAGUCCUAAGGAAGUAAGUCAAUUGCAGAGGAAGCCGAGGCUGGGUAUCAGGUGGUUCUGGUUGUGCAAUGUUUGCGACAUCUAAAGGGAAGCAUUGUCAUUUAGGAUAAAGUUUAUAGAUGACAUUUCGAUCCCUUCUCUUGAACAGAUUGAGCAUUCCACACGGAGUGAACUCCUCAUGAGGAUUGAGCUUCGGGCUAGUGAUGAAAUACAAGCAAAUCAUCUUCUUGGGGUGAAUAUUAUUGGCCA